UGGCUGCGUGUGAUUCAAACUUUGCAGAACGUCUCAGAAUCAGGUCUAUGUUCUACUUAUGAGAAUUUUGUUCCUAAAGAUGGGAGAUGUACUAUCCUUCGGAUUAAGAACAGUGGAUAUGACGUCAGACAGCGCCAGUGCCAAAACAGUAAAAAUAUGAAUGGCUUCGUAUGCCAAAAACAACUUGUGGUAACACGUGACACACCGACGACACGAUUGGUCAAGACAUUUACCGACGAUGAUAUCACCACGAUAGAUUACGAAGUGACGCCAGGGGUUAUUUCUACACAACAGUCGAAACAAGAUGAAUCUAAAAUGUCGAAUGCUGUUAUACCAAUAUCAAUUGCUUUAGCGGUAGCUGUUAUUGGUAUUGUUGUCUUAGCAAUCUUAUUUAUAAAAAGACGAAACUCGAAAAAUGGUGCACCCGGGACGAGUCCUCCAACACUAGAGAUACAUGAUGUACCAACAACCGAAAUGAAUCAGCAAGGUAAUGGUGAUAAUUCUUCAAACCUACAUGCGAAAUAUGGAGCUUCUUUACAAGAAGACUAUGUACAACUUAAUGAAACUGCUCAGAAGAACCAUAACCCAAAUUAUAAUAAUCAGUACGAAUAUCCGGUGUUUCCAUUUUCUGUUGAAAAUUCGAAAGCUGAAACUCUAUUGAAUGGCGAUCAAUAUGAUGUAUUAAACCUCGAAGAAGAGGGAAAUACUAACUCCCAAUAUGAUGUGUUAAGCUGCGAAAAAGAGGGUAGUCUUGACGCUCAAUAUGACGUGUUAAACCAUGACUACGAGGGAAGUCUUCAUCCUCAGUAUGACGUGUUAAACCGCGAAAAAGAGGGGAGUUUUAAUCCUCAAUAUGACGUGUUAAACCCCGAUGAAAUAAGGAAAGAGCAAUCGCCAGUUGUAUAUCCUGAAGAUGUAGAGGAUGAAAUGCCCGAAGAUGAAUAUUUCUAUGGUGACUUCAAACAGUGAGAAUUUGUUUUGAUCAAAAUAAGUUCUUAAGAAAAAAAA